AUGAAUAAUAUCGUCCACAUUCUCGCCGAGCUUCAGCGGUUCUCAUGGCUCGAUUAUGUCGCGAUUGCGGCCAUGUUCCUGGUCUGCAUCUUCAUUGGAAUCUACUUUGGCUUCAUGAACAAAUCCGUGUCUGAGAAUGAUUAUAUGCUUGGUGGCCGCAAAAUGCUGGUGAUACCCAUCUCCUUCUCCUUGGUGGCCAGCUUCAUUUCGGGUAUCACAUUACUUGGACUGCCGACUGAAGUCUACUCCUAUGGAACUCAGUAUCUUUAUGUGACAUUCGGAGUCCUCGGUAUGGGCAUUGUGAUGGGAGUAUUAUACUUACCAGUCUUUCAUGAUCUGAACAUUACGUCCACCUAUGAGUAUUUGGAGCUUCGUUUUGAUCGUCGCCUGCGUAUGUUUGGAUCCGUUAUGUUUGUCAUUAUGAAUAUAGCUUUCCUGCCAAUUGUGAUCUAUGUGCCAGCCCUAGCCUUCAAUCAGGUAACCGGAGUCGCAGUCCACACCAUCACGCCGAUCGUGUGCAUUAUUUGUGUGUUCUACACAAGCUUGGGGGGAAUUAAAGCUGUGAUCUGGACGGAUGUGGUACAGGCGGUGUCCAUGGUGGGUGCCCUGACACUAGUUGCCGUAAAGGGAAGCAUGGACAUUGGUGGCUUUAGCGUGGUCAUGGAGCGCGCUUGGCACUCAAACAGAUUGGAGGCACCAGACUUCAGCAUUGAUCCCACUGUGCGUCAUACAUUCUGGUGUCUGUUUGUUGGUGGCAUUUUUUACUGGACUCAGACCAAUGCCGUUUCCCAGAAUAUGAUUCAACGGUAUCUUUCGUUGCCCACUUUGAAGGAUGCUCGAAAGGCUCUGUGCCUCUUUUGUGCUGGAGUUUUGAUCCUAAUGGCUUUGUGUGGCUACAACGGACUUCUUAUCUAUGCCACAUAUCAAGACUGUGAUCCGCUAACUACCAAGCUGGCCAAGGCACGAGAUCAGCUCUUGCCUCUCUUCGUAAUGGAUACUUUGGGUGAGUUGCCUGGCAUGACAGGAUUGUUCAUUGCAGGCGUAUUUAGUGCUGCUUUAAGUUCGCUUUCUACCUGCCUCAACUCCAUGUCCGCUGUCGUAUUGGAGGACUUUGUAAAGCCCUAUGUUAAGCAGCAACUAUCAAACCGUGCCUCAACUUGGAUAAUGCGCCUGGUGGUUAUUGGCGUAGGGGUGGUUUGUGUGGCCCUAGUCUAUGUGGUAGAGCACAUGGGCACAGUACUUCAGCUAACGAUGAGUCUGGAAUCAAUAACGAAUGGUCCGCUUUUUGGCAUCUUUACACUGGGCAUACUCCUACCCUGGAUCAAUGGCAAUAGCGCCAUGCUGGGCGGCUGUGUGGGCGUUGUGUUCAUGUCUUGGGUUAGCCUGAACGCCCAGUGGGCCAUUGCCUCGGGUGCCAUAAGCUACCAGACAAAGCCCUUAAGUGUAGACCACUGUGAUUACACAUUUGAUACAGCAAGUCUGGUUUCCAGUGUCCCCAAUGCCACUCAUACAAUAGGACAAGCAUCUGAUGAUAUAUUUCCCCUGUACCGCAUCUCCUAUAUGUGGUACACCUGUUUGGGUGCAUCAGUUACCAUUAUUGUUGCUCUCUUAAGCACAUUUCUUUUUGGCACAAACGAUCCCAACUCAAUAGAUCCCACGCUGAUCACGCCCAGCAUUCGAAAAUUCUUCAGGUUUAAUUCUCAAAAGUCAACGGACACUUACAAUGCAGAUAUUUAUCUCAAAAAUAAGCUACGCAGCGAUGAGGUUGCUCUAUAAAUUUAAAAUUAUUCUUCAAAACGGCCAAGUCAACAGUUAAAAACAAUUUUCGUAUUCAUAAUUUCCACAAAUUGAUAAAAAUAAAUAGGUUACAAAUAGUAUAUAAAUUUCA